GUUCAGUAUCAACACUAUUACACUGCACUGCUUAAGAAACUAGCUCCUGAAAGCUAUAAGCAAGCUAGCGAGGGCAGUUCUGACAAUGUCGCCACUGGAUCUAUUGAUGAAGUUCUCCAGAGCAUGGAUCAAAAUCUCUUUCGCACUCUUCCAAAGCUAUGCCCAAAACCUAGAAUGCUUGUUUGUGCUCCUUCAAAUGCUGCUACUGAUGAACUGCUUGCACGUGUUCUUGAUCGUGGGUUUAUCGAUGGUGAAAUGAAAGUUUAUCGGCCUGAUGUGGCCCGAGUUGGGGUUGAUUCCCAAACACGUGCUGCACAGGCAGUUUCUGUUGAGCGUAGAACAGAACAGCUUUUAGUGAAGAGUCGUGAUGAAAUUUACGGUUGGAUGCACCAGUUAAGAGCCCGUGAAGCUCAGUUGUCUCAGCAGAUGGCUUGUCUACAAAGAGAACUCAAUGUUGCUGCUGCUGCUGGUCGAGCCCAAGGAUCGGUUGGUGUUGACCCGGACAUUCUUGUGGCUCGGGACCAGAACCGAGAUACCUUGCUGCAAAACCUCGCAGCGGUUGUUGAGAACAGGGAUAAAGUUUUGGUGGAAAUGUCCCGCCUUCUCAUUUUAGAAGGCAAGUUUCGUGCUGGUGGAAACUUCAAUUUGGAGGAAGCUCGUGCUAGUCUUGAGGCAAGUUUUGCCAAUGAGGCUGAGAUUGUUUUCACUACUGUGUCAAGUAGUGGUCGAAAGUUGUUCUCUCGGCUAACUCAUGGUUUUGACAUGGUUGUGAUUGAUGAGGCAGCCCAAGCCAGUGAAGUAGGUAUUCUUCCUCCCCUAUCUCUUGGUGCGGCACGAUGUGUUCUUGUUGGGGAUCCCCAACAACUUCCCGCAACAGUAAUCAGCAAAGCAGCCGGAACUUUGUUAUACAGUAGAAGCCUUUUUGAGAGGUUCCAGCAAGCUGGCUGCCCUACUAUGUUGUUAUCUGUGCAGUAUCGAAUGCAUCCUCAAAUCAGGGAUUUCCCAUCCCGAUACUUCUACCAGGGACGCCUAACUGAUAGUGAAAGUGUUGCUAAUCUGCCUGACGAAAUAUACUACAAGGACUCUUUACUGCGGCCUUACACGUUUUUUGACAUUACCCAUGGUCGGGAGUCCCAAAGAGGUGGAUCUGUCUCUUAUCAGAACGUACACGAGGCACAAUUUUGUCUACGUUUGUAUGAGCAUCUUCAGAAAACUUUGAAGUCUUUAGGUGCGGGAAAAGUUACUGUAGGCAUAAUCACUCCAUACAAGCUGCAACUAAAAUGCCUUCAACGGGAGUUUGAGGACGUUUUAAACUCAGAAGCGAGGAAGGAUAUUUAUAUCAAUACUGUGGAUGCUUUUCAAGGUCAAGAACGUGAUGUUAUUAUAAUGUCUUGUGUUCGUGCUUCAACUCAUGGAGUGGGCUUUGUGGCGGAUAUCCGCCGAAUGAAUGUUGCUCUCACUCGUGCAAGAAGAGCUCUUUGGGUUAUGGGGAACGCCAAUGCUUUGGUGAAGUCUGAUGAUUGGGCUGCAUUGAUCACUGAUGCCAAAGCAAGGAACUGCUAUCUGAACAUGGAUUCUCUUCCCAAGGAUUUCUUAAUGCCAAAGGCCCCUGCUUAUGUGCAAUCAGGUAAAGUCUCCUCUAACUUGAGGAGUUUGAGAUCUGGUGUGAGACACAGGUCGUUCGAUCCCCAUAUGGAGUCUCGGUCAGGAACACCAUCAGAAGAUGAUGAGAAAUCAAAUGCACCGUUGAUAUUGAAGAAUGGGAAUUACCGAUCCUCCAAGCCACCAAUGGAGAACGGUUUGGAUGAUCUUGAUCAGUCAGGUGAUAAAUCCCGAGAUGCCUGGCAAUAUGGAAUUCAAAAGAGGCCAAUUCCAGCAGCAGCAGGGGUCACAGGGAAGAGAGACUUGUAGCAACUGGUUGACGUCUAAAAUUUGUCUUUGUGCCAUGCAUGAGCUUCAGAGCAUUAUUAAAGUUUGAAUUUUGAGCUUCCGAACAAUCAGGUUGACAAUCAUUUCUAGGUUCAAAAGCAGCUGGAGCUUUAGCUUCUUAUCCCGAUUACUUCAGCAGAACACAAUGAAUUCGGAACAAGUUCGUACUCAGAUCAUGGACAAUACUUGCAGUGGAUUCAAAAAGAUCUGGAAAAAGGGUGGGAUUUGAAGAGAGGGCAGUCAACUUGAGAACGAUGUUGGUUGCUUUUGCAGAUCACUGACUUUGGUUUAACAGAUUGCUAUAAUUUCUCACAAGGUGCAGUGGCCUGCUGUCUGGUAGGUUGUUUGGCAUCAAACCCUUCGUCUACAGCUUACGGGAGUCGAAGGUAAUACAUUUCUUUUUUAUUAGUGGUGAUUUAAAAUUAUCAUCUGAAGACCUUCAAGAGUUCACUGCAAGUUCCAAAUGCCAAAUAACUCAGGAACCAAUGCAUGGGCAUCAAGACGCAUUUUGGGCUGAAUCGGUGAGCUACAUUUUCUCCAUGAUGCGAUUUUUCUGGCUGAACUUUGACGUGUUUCACAUUGAUGAAUUUGAGUGAAGAAAAAAGGUUCCCAGUUACACAUAUGACUUUUUCUUUUUCUUUUUUGUAUUUUCUCUCAUCAUACAGCUACUGGCCUCUGGAUCUUGAACCCUGAUCGGAGCUGCUGAGCAUAGCAAGCAUAUAUACAUUUACAAUGUACACAUUUUUGGGAUGUUGUCUAGGGGGAUGUUUAGAAUCUUGGUAGGAUUAACCUUCAUUCUUCUUCGAUUUAAUUUAUUUAUUUGAAGGGGGUUUUGAGAUGCUAAACAUGCCUCUUCUGGUGGGUAUAGUCAACAUUCUGUAUAGGAAGAUAGUACAGUAUUUGUAUUAAGCCAAAAUCGUUUUAGCAGGGGCCGGUAGACUUGAUUUUGUACAUAAUUUUCAGCUGUGGAUUAAUAGGGAAUUAUUUUUAUGAUGCA